AUGGCUGAGUCGGUAGCUCAGACUGGAACUUCAAAUUCUGUGAUUGAUUAUAAUCACCCUCUGUUUCUUAUUCCUGCAGAUGUAAGCGGUGUCCAAAUUAUCUCCUUCCAAUUAACUGGUAUUGAAAAUUAUUCUAUCAGGUUUCGAUCUAUGAGAGUUGCCUUGCUUGGGAGAAACAAGUUGGGAACGGUUAAUGGAACAUGUCCAAAGGAUAAAUUCACUGCAGACUUGGGAAAUCAAUGGGAGAGGGUAGUUUGGGAUGAUUUGCAUGAAAGAUUUAACAAGAUUGGUGGUGCUCGAACCUUUAAUCUACACAAGAAAAUUGAUGUCAUAUCUCAGGGAAAUGUUUCUGUGUCUACUUAUUUUUCAAAAUUGAAGGAUCUCUGGGAAGAAUUUGAGGCGUUGGUGCCAGCACCAAGUUGUGAUUGUUUGAAUGAUAUGAAUAUUCAAGAAAGAAUUCAGAUUCUUCUUAUGAGUCCCUUACCUACAGUCAAUCAGGCUUAUGCCAUGAUUAUUAGUGAUGAAAGUCAUAAGACUGUGGUUGGUACUGAGGGUAUUCGUGGAGAUAAUCCCUCAAUGCACUCAAUAGGUGUUGAUGUUGCCAUGUAUUCAAGACAUGGGUUUGAAACGAGUCAGGGACAGAGGUUAAAAAAGAACUAUAACCUCCAAUAUGAAUUCUGCAAAAUAAAAGUCCACACCAAAGAAACUUGCUGGAAGAUCAUUGGAUAUCCAAAUGAUUUUAAGAACAAGAAGAAACCCAGAUUUGAAGGCAGUGAAGGUAGUGGAGCUUGCAAUGCAGUCUUGGAUUAUCAAGAUGGGGUCACAAAGUAUGGUUCUUGUUCACAUGUUUCUGGGUCUGGUGCUUAUGGAGUACUAAAUACGUGUGUGCAAGGAGAAGGUCAAUGUUCUUAUUCAACUGGCUCAGCAGGACAAUCAGUUUCAGGUGUGCAAAUGUCUCGGAUCAGUCAGAUGGGCAAUGCAACUUUUACUACAGAACAGUAUAAGCAAAUAAUGCAAAUGAUUAAUCAAAAUUCUAAAGAUUCUCAUGAUCAUGAGUCAACUACUGCAGCUAAUGUAGCAGGUAUUAGUAGUGUUUUUUUUGUGUCUUCGCAAGACCAAGAUUGGAUAAUAGAUACUGGUGCUACAAACCACAUGGUGUCUGAUUUAAAAUUGCUUGAUGAAAGGUCUAUAAUACAGUCUGCAGUACCUAAAAAGGUCUAUCUACCAAAUGGUAACAUCGCAUUAGUUACAUAUGUUGGAAGUUGUGCCUUAACAAAAAAGAAUGUACUUACUAAUGUGUAUCAUUUGCCUGAGUUUCAAUACAACUUGUUGCCAGUGCCUAAGGAUCUUUGUACUGGAAAGGUAAGGGCAAUUGGUAAAGUUGAAGGAGGAUUGUACCUACUAGUUGAUCAAGUUGACAAAAAUACACUCAAGAAGGUGGAACAUGAAGCAUCAGUUGAUUCAUCUGUGUGCAGAAGCAAUAAUUGUCAUGCAGAGAGAAGUCACAAGCACAUUCUUGAAGUCACCAGAGCACUCAGAUUUCAAGCAGAAAUUCCUAUCAGGUUUUGGGGUUAUUGUGUUUCAACUGCCGUGUACCUCAUAAAUAGAAUCCUUAAUGCAGUUCUACUAUAUGAAACACCUUAUGCAAGACUAUAUGAGAAGGAACCAGACUGCAGUCACCUCAGGGUAGUUGGUUGCUUGUGUUAUGCAAAAGUGUUGAAUCAAUAUGAUAAGUUAAUGGCUAGAUCCAAGCCUACUGUGUUUAUGGGAUACUCUGAAGCUCAAAAAGGUUAUUUGCUUUAUGAUGUGGUCACCAAAAUUAUGUCAGUAAGCAGGGAUAUGUCAUUUAGAAAAGAGGUCUUCCCAUUUAAACAAUGUCAAAGGUCUGAGGCUCAUUCACAUCAUGUGUUCCCUAUAAAGCUGUCACAAACAGUUCUUUUUGACACUCUAGUUGAUACUCAGUUUGGUGUGCAUACUAAUAAUCCCUCACCAGUUGUUGGUGAUGCAUCACAAGCUCAGAACACAGCACAGCCUCAAAUAACACAUGAAGAAGUAGAAGUCAUUCAUCCACUUGCAAUAUAG